CCAAAUACAGAAACAUUGCACUGUCAAUUACCAAACCCAAGUAAGAAGAUGCAAUCAAGGGUAGCAUUAGCAUACACAGCAGCAAGAAGAUGGUGUUGGAAAUCAUGGCAACGAGGCUUAUGCUCCGCCACACGUAGCAGAACAGCAGACCCUGAAGUUCAUUCGGGAGAAUUAGAAGCUGGACCUAAAGUUCACCAAUCACCACCCAAAGGUACAGAGAGUAAUAAUACAAGCAGCACCAAGUUUGUGGAAACGGAUCAUGCAUCGAGCAAAAAGGACGAUCCUCUUGCGACUCCAAAAUCUCCAACUGAACCAUCUUCCAAACUGAAGAGCACUGGAGUGAACCAGCCAUUGGAGCCUAGCCUUCAACAGAAGCGGCAGCAGAGUUCGAAAGCUUCCUUGUUGGAAGAAGCGAGUUGCACCGCUGGUAUAGACGAAGCUCCGUUUCCGGAAGAGAAGAGCCGGAAGGAACAGGAAGAGGAUGACAGAGGUUACUUCAAAGACCACAAGGCGUCGCCCUUGUCGGAGUUGGAGAUCGCGGACACGAGGAACCCUUUGAGUCGUGCAUCAGAUAGGACGGCGGGGAGUGGCGGUGUAAUAGUGUGGCUGCCGGAGCAGCUGGACACGGCGGAGGAUUCUCUGAGGAGGGCCACUGAGAUAUGGCGGCAAAAUGCUAUGCGUGGUGACCCUGAUGCCCCUCAUUCCAGGAGACUUAGACAGCUUCGCGGCGAAGAUUUUUAAAUCUCUAUGUAAUGCCUAAUCAAUCAAAGUAAUUUCUCUAAUUCUAAAGAAUCAAAGAUCAAGAAAGGUCUAAUACACUAGAAAACGGUUAGUUCAACUGUUAAAAGAGUAAGUAUUAUCUAGAGUAUUAAGUUAGCUAUAGAGAGUUGUUAUAAGUCUUUCUAUAAAUGGCAGUUAGUUUGCGUUGUAAAAAUACACUUCAAUCAAUAAUAUGA